AAACGGUUCCUUGUCCAAUAAUAUCUACAACAUAACACACAUUCACACACACACAAAAAUUGCAAGUAUUCCUCUGACAAUCCGAUUGCGCUUUUUUUUCAACACCCUCUUUUGGGCUCAGUCACCGACUUUGAGUUUCUUCUAAAUGCUAGGAUUAAUUAGCUCUAUUUAGUGGCGGGCAAUGACGAGCACAAGAGCGAUUGGAUACCGACGCCCGGCCCUGCCUUAUAUUUUACACUCCAAGGAGCAUCUAUGCUUCUCCAAACUGAUCGGCAGCUUUGGAAGCGCAGGCUGGGCUGCACUUGAUCUGUUUCUUGACAAAAGAGAGAGAGAGAGGGGGGGGGGGGGGGGGAAAGAGAGAGAGAGAGAGAGAGAGAGAGAGGAGAGAGAGAACACAAACAAGUUUGGCUUGUGCUGAUAGCAUUUGCUACCGUCCAAAUUUCAUGAACCCCAUUCUCUAGCGAUUCGCGAUUUUGAAGUUAUUUUUCUUUGGUGUUAUUGCGGCCUCGAGCUUUCCUUUUUGUUUCUGAAAGAAAUAUUUAUUUUUUUCUUAAGUUGGCGCCUGUUAAAGCGGCCGCAUUGGAUCCGUCAGGGUAUUGCGAGACUCCGGUGUACAACCCGGAUCUCUGCCCAAACAUGAUCGCUGCCCAAGCCAAGCUGGUAUAUCACCUGAACAAGUACUAUAAUGAGAAGUGCCAAGCUAGAAAAGCCGCAAUAGCCAAGACUAUCAGGGAAGUGUGCAAAGUAGUGUCAGACGUGCUGAAGGAAGUGGAAGUACAGGAGCCGCGCUUUAUCAGCUCCUUGAACGAAAUCGACGGCCGCUUCGAAGGGUUGGAGGUGAUCGCGCCCACCGAGUUCGAGGUGGUGCUCUACCUGAAUCAGAUGGGGGUGUUCAACUUCGUGGACGAUGGUUCCCUGCCUGGCUGCGCCGUGCUGAAGCUCAGCGACGGCCGCAAGAGGAGCAUGUCUCUCUGGGUGGAAUUCAUCACGGCCUCGGGAUACCUCUCGGCGCGGAAGAUCCGCUCUCGAUUCCAAACACUAGUAGCCCAGGCCGUGGACAAAUGCAGCUACCGGGACGUGGUGAAAAUUGUGGCGGAUUCCAGCGAGGUGAAACUCCGGAUCAGGGACCGCUACAUCGUGCAGAUCACCCCGGCUUUCAAAUGCACUGGGAUUUGGCCCAGAAGUGCGGCGCACUGGCCUCUGCCCCACAUCCCCUGGCCCGGACCGAACCGGGUAGCGGAGGUUAAAGCCGAAGGAUUCAAUUUACUCUCCAAAGAGUCGUACUCCCUGUCCGGCAAGCAGAGUUCGGCCGAGAGCGAUGCCUGGGUCUUACAGUUCGCCGAGGCCGAGAACAGACUACUGUUAGGGGGUUGUCGGAAGAAAUGUCUCUCUGUUCUCAAAACUUUGCGGGAUCGCCACCUUGAACUGCCCGGGCAGCCCCUCAAUAACUAUCACAUGAAAACACUCGUCUCCUACGAGUGUGAGAAACAUCCCAGAGAAUCGGACUGGGACGAGUCGUGUUUAGGAGAUCGCCUAAAUGGGAUCCUACUGCAACUCAUCUCCUGUCUUCAGUGUCGCAGAUGUCCACAUUAUUUCUUACCCAACCUAGAUUUAUUUCAGGGCAAACCACACACCUCUUUGGAAAACGCAGCCAAACAAACCUGGCGUCUGGCAAGAGAGAUACUCACGAACCCCAAAAGCUUGGAAAAACUUUAAAAACUUGACAUUUAUACCAUUCAAACUGUGAAUUCCAAUUAAUGACAUAUUUAAAUACCCCCGCAUUUGUCGUUCAGUUGUGGCUAUUGAUGUUUGUGUACCGAGAAUUCCCAGGCGAACAAGUUAACUGGUUCCAUUUGUUUUGGAUACGGCUGGACUGUUUUGUUUUGCUAAAAGAAGAUAUUACCAUCGAGGUAUUUGUAGAUGAUAUUAUUGCUAUCGGAUGUGUCUAAUGGAAAGGCUUAUACCUUGGCGUACGUGAGCCUUUCAGAGUUUGCUUGUUCAUAUCUUUAUUACCCAUUUCCAUACUGACUUGAAAUGUUAUUUAAACUAUUUCCGAACGGAAAUAUGAACGUCGAUUAUACAUAAUGCUUGAUUGUCGAAAACUGGAGAGAAUAUUGAAAUUAUGCACUUGAAAAACACUGGAUUAAAACAUUUUGUGACUAAGAGCAUUUUGAAAUUUCUGUUGCUGAAAUAUUUAAUUUGAAGUUAAUAAAGGAAACGAUUAAAAUCC